AAGAUAUUGAUGAGCGGGUGAAGAUGGAAGAUGAUCCCGAUGCAAGAGAGCAAAUUUUCCACAACACCGUCCGAGAAUAUGUUAUCUUCCUGCUGCUGUUCAUCCUGCUGUACGUGUCGGCGUUCGCGGUCAUCGCGCGCUUCCGGCGCCGCAGCUCGGAGGACUACUACGCCAUCGACGAGGAGGAGGCGACCGUCUUCAAGAUCAGCCUGUGGCUGUGCACGUUCUCGCUGGCAGUCUCGCUGGGUGCGGCGCUCCUUUUGCCAAUCUCCAUCCUGAGCAACGAGAUCCUCGCGCUGUACCCCAGCAGCUACUAUGUGCAGUGGCUCAACCACUCACUCGUCCAAGGGAUGUGGAGUAACAUCUUCCUGUUUUCCAACCUCUCACUGUUUGCGUUCCUGCCAUUUGCCUAUCUCUUCACCGAGUCGGAAGGAUUUCCUGGCUGCCGUAAGGGUAUCAUGGCGAGGGUGCACGAGACGUUUGUGAUUCUCGUGCUGCUGGGCGUGACUGUGCUGGGCAUGACGUACGUCAUCGCUUCUUUCUUCGAGGACCAACAUUCCACCAUCAUGGUUAUGUUCAAUUUAGGAAGCUACUACCUGCCAUUCCUGUAUUCGUGUAUAUCAUUCAUCGGAGCAUUGAUCCUGCUGUUGUGCACGCCGCUGGGCUUCGAGCGGCUGUUUGCUGUGGUGGGGAACCUACUGGUGAAACCGCAGUUCCUGCGCGACCUGGAGGUGGAGUUCUACGUGGCACUGCUGGAGGAGCACACGCUGGAGCAACGGCUGGCUCGGACGCGCGCCUCGGGGGGCCGCGGGUACUUGUGCCCCGCUCCCAUGUCGCCGGCGGGAGCGCUUGCCGAGGAGCCGCCCUAUGUCGGGCUGCAGAACGGGGAGCUGCAGGCGGGAAUCGAGACGCGGCUGGCAGACGUCCGGCGCCACCGCAAGUACCUGGAGGAGCUGUGCAAGACGUCACUGCUUCAGCGUAACGUCCUGUACCCGGCCUCGAUGCUGCUUCUGGUCGCACUGACGGCGCUGGCUGUCUUCAUGGUGGCGCAGAACACACUGGGACUGCUCAUAGGCAUCAAGGCACUGCCACUCAGCCAGGAGGACUUCAUACUGGGGCUGCGGCCGCUGUCGAAGCUGGGCCCUGUGGGCGCACUGCUGGAGAUCGCGCUCAUCUGCUACCUGGUGGCCACCUCCUCGGUGGGCGUCUACACGCUGCCUGGCCUGCGCCACAUGAAGCCGCGUCGCGCCCGCACGCCCUUCACGCACGUCGUCGCCAACUGCGCCCUGCUGCUCGUGCUCAGCUCUGCACUGCCGCUGCUCGCUCGUAUACUCGGCUUCACCAACUUCGACCUGCUGGGCGACUUCGGGAAGAUCCGGUGGCUGGGCAACAUGGAGAUCGUGCUUCUGUACAACGUGGGUUUUGGUGGCUGUGCCGCACUGUGCCUUGCCAACAGGUUCACGGCGAAGGUGCGGCAGGAGCUCUGGUCGUGUUGGGUGCACGUGUUUGAGCAUGUGACAAGACCUUGUGCUUUAACUUUUGCAUGCUGGGCUGAAAUUGCAAAGAGUCUGGACGAAAUCUCUCUCAGGUUCUGCAGCUUGAUUGGCAUUUUUGAGAGUAACGAACCAUUGGCACACGAAAAGCACCGGAUACGGACCACCUCUCUUACCAGCACAGGACUGAAGGAAGAGUAACCGAGUAGAAACUGUACACUCAAUAUUGUGGUUGGAGUGUGUUAUGCAUCACUGGGAAUAGAAUUAAAAGUGCCAAUGUAUAUAGCCCAAGCAAAGUAACAAGGAAGAAAAUGGAGAGCUUUUUUGCACUUAAAACUGGAACCUGUUCAUAUUGAGGACUGUUUUAUAGGGUUAUUUUCCUGGUGUACGUAUGCAAAAGAGUUAGGUGAAUUAUGCAAUUCUUUGUGGAGACUGCAUUUCUACCCUCAAAAUCAUAAAAAUUGCUCUAUUUGUGAGUUGAAAUUUCGGGGGGGGGGGGGGGGGGGAGAGAGAGAGAGAGAGAGAGAGAGAGAGAGAGAGAGAGAGAGAGAGAGAGAGAGAGAGAGAGAGAGAGAGAAGCAUUUUGAUAUUAGAAAUGUUUGGCCUCUGGUGAUUAUGAGACUUUUGAAUGUACAUGUAGAAGUAAAUCCCAAGUAGCAACAAAGCUCACAAAGUCUUAGAGAGAAUUUUUGAAACUGUCCAUAAAAUGGGAAAAUUUUUGUUGCCCAAGCACAGUGAAAUUUUAUUUGCAUUUUAUUGUGAAGCAAAGGAAAGAUAUUAAACAUAUGAUAUUGUUUUUCUGUAAGUGCACCCACUUUAUUGAUAUUAUGGAGCUGUAUAUUGAAACAUCUUUUUAUGUACUGAAAUCGUUCCUCAAUUAUUUAAAUAUGUGUGGAAGAAUGAGUAUGUGUGAGGAUUGUUUGUACUAAGUUAUUUGAGCCUUCAGGGCAGAUUUUAUUUAUUUUUUAUUGAUAUAUAUAUAUAUAUAUACACAUCUAUAUAAAUGAUAUGUAUUAUACUACAGGGAACUUUUAACUUAAGACUGAUUAAGCAAUUGCAGUAUGAAAGUGGCAUUCUCUUCUUAAAUGUCAUUUUUCAUGUUUUAGUAACUGUUUAGCAGGUAUUUUUCCUGUAUACUUGGCUGAUUUGUAACUUGAAAGGCCACAAAAAGCAUUAAUUACAUAAUAAAUGAAGAAAGAGGAA